GUUAGUUCCGGUCUUGGCGGUCUCCCGCGGAAAUUUGAAAUGGCGGACAGGCUACGGGUAGGUGGAGAUCUAGAGCCUGAGGCGAUGGCGCCGGGGCACCCUGACCCGGCAACCGAGGAGGAACCGGCGCCACUGGAGGAAGCUUUGUUGCAAGUUGAAGAUUCAUGCAGUGAUUGUAACUGUCAUAAGCCAGGCAAUAGCUUACAGGGUUUUGUGCCAGAAGGAAAGUCUCCUUUCCCAGAAAUCUUUCAAACAAGUCAACUUUUGUUCUAUGAACGAUUCAGAGCCUAUCAAGAUUACAUUUUAGCUGACUGCAAAGCCUCAGAAGUCAGGGAAUUCACAGCUGAGUUCUUGGAGAAGGUGCUUGUACCAUCUGGAUGGCAGGCACUCUGGCACACUAAUGUAUUCAAGGUGUUGGUUGAGGUUACAGAUGUGGACUUUUCAGCCUUGAAGGCAGUGGUGAGGCUUGCUGAACCAUAUGUCUGUGAAUCUGAAGUGAACACUUUUACCUUGGAAUGUAUGAAAGAGCUCCUUGAACUGAAGGAAUACCAGUUGCCCCUGCAGGAGUUGUGGGUUGUGUUUGAUGACUCUGGAGUGUUUGACCAGACAGCACUUGCAAUUGAGCAUGUCAGGUUUUUCUACCAGUACAUUUGGAGGAGUUGGGAUGAAGAGGAAGACGAUGAAUAUGAUUAUUUUGUCAGAUGUGUUGAACCCCGAUUAAGAUUGCAUUAUGACAUUCUUGAAGACCGAGUUCCUUCAGGACUUACUGUUGACUACCGCAAUUUGUUGAUUCAGUGUGAAGAAAGUUACAGGAAAUUUUUAAAUCUGAGAAGCAGUUUGUCAAAUUGUAAUUUUGAUUCUGAGCAGGAAAAUAUCUCCAUGGUGGAAGGGUUAAAAUUGUAUUCAGAAAUUGAACAGUUGAAACGAAAGCUAAAACUCAUUGAGAAUCCUUUGUUGAGAUAUGUUUUUGGUUAUCAGAAGAACUCUAAUAUCCAAGCAAAAGGUGUCCGCACAAAUGGCCAGAAGGUCACCCAUGUGGUGUCCUCCACCAUGAUGUCAAGUUUACUACGAUCUCUGCUCAGGGAUAGGUUUUGUGGGGAGCCUUUUAAGGAAGAUAUAGAAAUUCAGUUCCAUAGUGAUCCAUUGUCUGCUAUAAAUGCCUGCUAUGAAGGUGACACUGUUAUUGUCUGUCCUGGCCAUUAUGUGGUACAUGGCACAUUCUCCAUUGCUGAUUCGAUUGAGUUGGAAGGAUAUGGUCUACCAGAUGAUAUUGUAAUAGAAAAGAGGGGUAAAGGAGACACUUUUGUGGAUUGCACAGGUGUGGAUAUUAAAAUUUCAAGCAUAAAAUUUGUUCAGCAUGAUGCAGUAGAAGGAAUCUUAAUUAUUCACCGUGGCAAGACUACAGUGGAAAACUGUGUACUGCAAUGUGAAACUACAGGAGUCACGGUACGAACAUCAGCAGAAUUUCUAAUGAAGAACUCAGAUUUAUAUGGUGCCAAGGGGGCUGGUUUAGAAAUAUAUCCUGGGAGUAAAUGUAUCCUGAGUGACAAUGGGAUCCAUCACUGCAAGGAGGGGAUCCUCAUUAAGGAUUUCUUAGAUGAGCAUUAUGAUAUUCCCAAGAUAUCCAUGGUAAAUAAUGUCAUACAUAAUAAUGAAGGUUAUGGUGUUGUUUUGGUGAAACCUACAAUUUUCUCUGACCUGAAAGAAAAUCACCAAGAUAAAACUGAAGAUAACGAAGCAGUUAAGAUUCAAACAAGUGGAGGGGCAGAUGCAGCUGAAAGAGUGGAUUUAGGGGAGUUGAUUCACUGUGCAACUGAUGAGAUAGAGAUUUAUGAAAGAGCUGCUGAUCUUUCUAAACAAGUUGAGGGAAAUUGUGAAAUUAUAAAUGAACUAGUUGCUGCCUCCACACAAAAAGGCCAGAUGAAGAAGAAAAGGUUGAGUGAACUGGGCAUCACACAAGCUGAUGACAGCUUAAUGUCUCAGGAAAUGUUUGUUGCAAUUGUGGGGAACCAGUUUAAGUGGAACGGGAAAGGGAGUUUUGGCAUAUUUCUCUUCUGACCACAGUGAUGUAAAUGCUAACAAAAUGUUGGAUUUUGCACAUGUAUGUAGUUUGUUUCAUGUCUAUAUUUGAUAUAUGUGGUUGGGCUUGAGUGAAAUGUAGAUUUAUUUCUACCUGGAAGUAUUACACAUAAAGCAGUCCUCUACAACAAAGAUCAUACGUGUAAAAUAGAAAAUAAUUGAAGAUUUCUAAUCUAGAAUAUCCUUAAAGAAUACGUUUUUCAUAUUAAGCUUGUUAAUAACUUUCUAGCAUAAAUACAUUUUACCCCCAAAACCUAAGACUAAUUUUGUCAUCAAGGUGCAGAAACAUGGGUCUGUUAGACCCACAUUUAUUCUUUAGAAUAUUUCUAUUGAUGAAUUAUUUUAAUUUUAUGAAUUUUAUGGUAUUAAACAAUGAGUACUUAACAGGAAAAAAGUUACAAAAAUACAGUAUUGAAGUUUAAUAUUGAAUGUUCAUAAAACAUCAAAAAAAUCGACUUUUUUCGUAUACAAAAUCUAAAAAAAAGCACAAAUUGUUAUAUGAACUACAAUGAAAAUACUAAUAGCACUUUACCAGAAAAAAAAAAAAAAAAGUUUACCUUCAAUUAUCAUACCUAUGACAACUGCACGUUCCGUCCACAUAUAUUGCUUACACUGACAGCACAUAUGUUUAGCUUUCCUGGCCUUUUUGUAGGACAUACUUUACAUCUUGCUGGUCUUGUUUUGUCAGGAGGUUCUUAUAUAGUGUACAGAUAACAGGAGCACAAAAUAUCAAUAAAAUAAAGUGUUAAAUUCUUAA